UGAGCGGCUUUAUUCGGUUGUAAUCGAGCACAGCGGUGAGUAAAGCGUCUGAAACAUGGCUCAGGCCCGAGUUACUGAUUAUUUCUCACAGAGUAAGAAAGCCGGAACGGAUCGAAGCUUGAGGUCGAAGUCUCAGAAGACUCGAACGGCGGCUGAACAGCGUGUGGUGUCCGAGGUGAAGAGCGUCAAGAGCCGGAGCUCGAGGAGCAGCAGGGCCGCCAGCACACAGCAACAAAGCGCGCAGCUGCAGGCGGUGCAGGAGGAGUUUCUCCGGGUUAUAGACGAGGCCGUGUCUGCUCCUCCGGACCAUGUGGAUCAGGAGGAACUCGACCCCGUGCAACAGAGUCCCCGCACCCCGAAGAGGACUUCAGCCGAGGCCGAGUUUGAUCUGGGUUCAACCGUGUUCGCCUCCGCUACCGAGCUCCACAGCACGGCUAAGAAACGCCUCCGAGUCGCUAAAGAGGAGGCCGCCGCCGCCGCCACGAAGAAGACCGCCAGAAAGAAGCUGGUUCUCUCCAAACACGGAGAAACGGAGAAGGCUUUGGCCACCACGCCAACCCGAGAAGACUCGAACAAUGUGGUCGAACAGGGUGCACAUGGUUCCCCCUUGAACAAAGUAAGCAAAUCUAAGCAGACUACCAAAAACAAGAAACAAUUUUCCAGAGAAGACGUGGCAACAUUGAAAGCUCGUCUGCAGAAACUGAAAGGUCAGGCCGAAUCGACGACCUCACCGAAACCAGCCCCGGUGUCGGCCGUCGCCGAGCUCCAGUCUCGACUGGACAGUGCCAGGGAGCUCGCGGUCGAGGUUCAGCAGAGGAAGGAGGAAAGACUCUCGGAGCUGGAGAAAACCAGCGAGGAGCAGAAACGAGACCUGCACAAAGCCGAUGAAGGCACGAAUCUUCCAGCCUACCGGCGCUACCACACUCUAGCCCAAGACGUCCCCCCCGGUCUCACGCUGCCCUACAAGUACAAGGUCUUGGCCGAGAUGUUCCGCAGCAUGGACACCAUCGUCGGAAUGCUCUUUAACCGUCUGGAAACCGUCACCUUUGCCAAAGUCAAACAGGGAGUUCAGGACAUGAUGCACAAGCGCUUCGAAGAGACUCACGUCGGUCAGAUCAAGACGGUCUACCCGACAGCCUACACCUUCCGGCAGGAGAAAAACGUCCCGACGUUCAGCGCCACGGUCAAGAGAUCCACACACCAGCUCACCGUGGAGCCGAUCGCCGAAGGAACAAACGAAGCUCGCCCCACUCUGUCUGCAACCCGCCUGCUAGAGAGGAGACGCGUGUUCCACCAGAACUUGGUCGAGAUCGUGAAGGGUCAUCAUAAGGUGUUCCUGGCUACUCUAAACCCUCCCGUGGUCGUCCCCGACGAUAAACUCACCCGCUGGCACCCCAGAUUCAACGUGGACGAGGUGCCCGACGUCCGACCCGGCCAUCUUCCUCGGCCCCCGCAGACGGAGAGACCGACCACGGCUCGGGAGCUGCUGGACAGAGCUCGUACCCUCAUGACCCCAAAGAUGGAGAAGGCGUUGGCUAACAUGGCUUUAAAAACAGCAGAAGCGGCUCGUUCUAAAGAGGCGGAUCCUCCAGGAAAACCCCCACAACAGACCUCCAGCGCUCUCGAGGGCGUGUCCCAGUCUCUGCUGGAGAGGAUCAGAGCCAAAGAAGCGCAGAAACUACAAGCGGCCAUGACCCGGGACCCGAAACGAGAGGAGCGCCUGUCGAUGAUGUCGCACCUGCCGGAGAUGGCCAGGAUCCUGAGGAACGUGUUCGUGGCCGAAAAGAAACCCGCUCUGACCAUGGAGCUGGCCUGUAAUCGCAUGACCCGUAGCUACCGCUCGUCUCUCGGCGCAGGUGAAAUGGAAAAACAGCUCCGUCUGCUGGCCGACUCGGUACCAGAGUGGCUGACGCUGCACCCGAUCAGAAAAGACGUUUACCUCAAGCUGAACAAGAACACGAACGUGAGCCUGGUUUUGGAGGAACUGAAUCGGAAGAUAAAGGAAGAAGAGCGAUGCUGACGAAGUAAACGUCGGACUUUGAACGAUGUGCAAUAGUUUUUAAAUCGUUGUACCGGCUGUUUUAGACACUGUUUAAAAGUGAAAUGUUUUGUAGUAACGUGUAAAAUCGAAUUGUGAUUUUCGAUCGACUCGUUCGAUGUAACCGUACACUGUCCGAGCGGUCACGACUGUAUGAUCGAGGAGGAUGUCGUUGCUCAAAUGUUCAAUAAACAAGUGAUUGUGUGUUAAAA